AAUCCCUUUGUCCUAUUGGAUAGAUCAGAUUACGUCAUACCACGUGAUAUUAACUACUUCAGUUGUUGAAAAUCGGACUUGGUGCUGAUCCGUUCCUGGACUAUUCUCAACUCCUUCGUUCAGUACAGACGCGCCUAACCUUACAACAUGGGAGACGACGACAAGAAGGAAAAGAAGAAGAAGAGCAAGAAGAAGUCAGAGGAAGAGGAAGCUCCAGCACCAGCAGCGCCCGCUAAAGCAUCCGCAAAGAAGCGAGCACAGAGAUCAACAUCAAAUGUGUUUGCUAUGUUUACACAACAUCAAGUUCAGGAAUUCAAAGAAGCUUUCCAAUUGAUCGACCAAGACAAAGAUGGUUUUAUCUCCAAAAAUGACAUCAGAGCUACUUUUGAUUCGUUAGGUCGUCUCUGUACUGAUCAGGAGUUGGAGCAAAUGAUUUCUGAAGCUCCCGGUCCCAUCAACUUCACCAUGUUCCUGACCAUUUUCGGUGACAGAAUUUCAGGUAGCGAUGAAGACGAAGUUAUCAUCAAGGCAUUUAAUCUGUACGAUGAAGGAGAUGGAAAGAUGAAGGAAGACAAGUUACGGCACGAUCUGACAACGUGGGGUGAGAAGCUUACACAAGAUGAGAUGGACGAUGCCUUGAGUGAAGCUCCCGUUGACAGCAAAGGUUACAUUGACAUCAAAAAAUUCACUGCUCUUCUCACAGGUAGUGCGAAGGACGAAGAAGAGGGUGCAUAAUUUCCAUCACUGUGAAUCGACACCAAGAGCUGCUGAAUACAUUGUACCAUGGAAAAUGUCAUCCGAAGGCUCCGUCAUUGAUCAUCAUGUGGCACAUAAUAUAACUGUCUUCCUAUGUACUAUCGAGUCUUUUUAAAGUGUAGAUUCCUUUUCUUUCUCUUUGUACAUGAUUCCUUGCACUCUUAUGGCGAGCCUUAACGAGUGGUUCAUGUAAGCAAUGGGUGCCGAAAUUUUCUUUUGAAUUUUUUUUUUUUUUUUCUUUCGUUCUUCUCUCCGAAAGACUUUCUGAAAAGCUUAAUUUCUUUUACGGCAGAUGAAUAAAAAUGUUUAAAACUUGAA